AGCCCCACCCACAUCAAUGAUCAAAAACAAAAGGUGAAGCUUUUUGUCUUGUGCUUCUCACUUCUUAGAUCCUAGACACCUGACAUCUUUUCUCUCCUAUAAAACCCUUUCUCUUCCCACCUUCCUUUCAUGCACUCCCUUCAAUCACCACAUUCAUUAACCUUCUCACCCUUUUCCUCUUCUCCUUCACUCUUCACUCCUCACAUUCUCUUCCAAUGGACAGAAACCAAUCCCGCAGACAGGUUGCUGCAAUGAAACAGUCCCUCUUUGAUCAGGGGUUACUGGAUGAACAGUUUAUCCAACUGGAGGAAUUGCAGGAUGAUGCAAAUCCCAACUUUGUUGAGGAAAUUGUCACUCUUCACUAUCGUGAUUCGUCACGGCUAAUCUCAAGCAUAGAGCAGGCUCUCAAAGAGAAAAACCCUCUGGAUUUCAACAAGCUGGACACUCUUAUGCAUCAGUUCAAAGGAAGUAGCUCAAGCAUAGGAGCCAAAAAGGUGAAAGCAGAGUGCAAUCUGUUCAGAGAAUAUUGCAGAGUAGGAAAUGCAGAAGGAUGCAUGAGGAGCUUUCAACAAUUGAAGAAAGAAUAUGCUACACUUAGAAAGAAACUUGAAGCUUAUUUUCAGUUGGCAAGGCAAGCUGGGCCUCAGGAAAUAGCAUGUCGCUCCAAAUAAGGAGCUGAUGAAAGCUGCAAAAUAAGGAAAAAAAUGUAAUUGGUGAAUCUUGUAGCAUAGAAAAAUAUGUAUUCACCACACAGAAGUGAUGUUCUCACCCUUUUGAGAUAUUUUGUUUUCAAAAUAUCAAUUUUGUUUUCAGAUGUUACAGGAA